AAAUUUACUCCCAUUCAUAUUUAUCUUAAAUAACCCUUCAAUCUGCGGGGGUCAAAAGCCUAAGCAGUAAGCAGAGCAAUGGUAGUGGUAGUUUUCUUGUGAAAAAAACAAAAACAAAAACGCCAAAUCGUGUGUCGUUUUACCUGCACCAACAGAAGAAACAAACGACACGCCGUUCUCAUUCCCAUUUCCCAGCGUGACAGUUAAAAGGGCAAGAACGCGUUGUCGCAUUGAAUGCACAAUGCAGGACCAUAGCGCGAAACCAACCGCUCAGAGUCACCACGGGCAAUGCGGUGGGAACUAAAAGCAGCUCCGUCGUUGCAGGCUUAAACGACAAUGCCUCCCACCACAGCCCAAACGCAGAACACAAAGCAGAGGGUACUCACGUGCCUCACCAAGCUCUCGGACCGCGACACGCACGCCGCAGCCGCAACGGAACUCGACUCCAUCGCGCGAACCCUGCACCCGCACUCCGUUCCGGUGUUCCUCUCAUGCAUCCACUCCACCGACGCUUCCGACAAAACGCCGGUGCGGAAGCAAUGCGUGCACCUCGUCGCCACGCUCUCCCACGCGCACGCCAACGCGCUCUCGCCCUUCCUCUCCAAAAUCCUCGCCAACCUCGUGCGCCGCCUCCGCGACCCGGACUCCUCGGUGCGAGCUGCGUGCGCCGACUCCGUCGCCGCACUGUCGGCGCGCGUCACCAGGCAGCCGUUCUCCUCCUUCCUCAAGCCGCUCGCCGAGGCGCUCUUCACGGAGCAGGAGCCGAGCUCGCAGGCCGCCGCCGCGCUCUGCCUCGCCGCCGCGAUCGCCGCGGCUCCGGAUCCGGACGCGCCCAGGCUCGCCAGGCUGCUCCCGAGGUUCGAGAAGCUUCUCAAGAGCAAGGUGUUUAGGGCCAAGCCGGCGCUGCUGGCGCUCGUCGGGAGCGUCGUCGAGGCCGGCGGCGCCGCGAGCCGCGCCGCGCUGAGGAAUUUGGUUCCCUGCCUUGUGGAGGCGCUGAGCAGCGAGGACUGGGCCACCAGGAAGGGCGCGGCGGAGGCGUUGAAGAAACUCGCGGUUGCGGAGAGGGACCUCUUGCCGGAGUUCAAGGAUGGAUGUUUGAAAGUUUUCGAGGAUCGGCGAUUUGAUAAGGUAAAGUUGGUUCGGGAGGUUAUGAUUCAGAUGUUGGAGGCGUGGAAGCAGAUUCCUGAUGUUUCGGAUGAAAUAUCUCCACCUCCUCAAUCGCUGUCUUCUUCUAAGGAGAUUGCUAGUGAUGGGCGGUAUCCUCCUGUCUCUCAAAAUUCAUGUAGUCCUGGCUCUGUAAUGAGUAAAUUGAGGAAGAAAUCGAGCCCGGUUAGCGGAUCAACUCCACCAGAUAGAUCUGUUGCUAGGAAUGCUAAAAGGAUGAGUGCAUUAAGUGGCAAUCGGGCGAGUUCAGGUGUUUUGCAGAAACUGAACCAUAACCAUUGGGAUGUUCGAGUUGCUGUGUCAAAUGUUCCUUAUCGUGGUGAACCUCAGCGGAGGGAUGAAGAUGUUUUGGAGAAAAGCAAAAAGGAUAAAAGCAGAUUUUUUAAGUCGGAAACAAAACGGGCUCUAUUCGAUAAAAAUUCUGAUGACAAAAUGCAUAAGUUUGGUGGGUCCAAAGCUGGAUCUCGUGUGGUUCCUUGCUCUGAAGAAAGUGAAGACUCAGGUCCUGUCUGUAAUGUAACUAAGGAUCUCCCUAGGAAUGACAAAGAGAGCGAGGAAUUAUCUUUGAUUCGAGCACAGUUAGUUCAAAUUGAGAAGCAGCAGUCAGGUCUGCUUGAUCUUCUACAGAAAUUCAUGGGGAGCUCUGAAAAUGGAAUGCGUUCCUUAGAGACUCGUGUGCAUGGCCUCGAGUUGGCAUUGGAUGAGAUUUCUUAUGAUUUGGCUAUAUCAAGUGGAAGGAUAACUAAAUCUGAUGCUCCUAAGAAUACAUGUUGCUUGCUACCUGGUGCUGAAUUUUUAAGCUCCAAAUUCUGGAAAAAAACACAGGGCCACCAUUCAUCCUACCGAUUCACAAGAUCUGGUGAUACUCCAUCACUAGCUUUGAGUCAGUACAGGGCUAAUAGGAAUGGUGAAAGCUUUCAUCAUAGCCACAGAUUUGGGGUCCAUGGUGAUGGAAGUUUCAUCACUAAUCCUCUGGCAGAGAUUAAAAUUAAUUCAAAGGAGAUUUCAGGCUCUGCAAGAUCAGAGCAAGCUUGAAAAACAGCAGAUGUAAGUUUGAUCUUCUGAUUAUCAACCUAUUGGUGGAAAAAUCCCUCCUCCAGAGAAGUGUGACAACGAUGUAUCAGAAUAUAUAUUUUUUAUGCCAGGAAACAUCGUAUAUUCGGAGGAUACCCAAUAGUAUUCGACUCUCUUUGGAGAAGGAGAAGCUGGCUAUAAUCAUAUGUUCUUCGUCAUGUUCAGAAUUUUAUUUGGUAUGCUACGAUAAUUGUAGGUAAAGAACGUAUUGGAGUGAGUUUAGGGCUAAAUAUUACUACUAUUUUCAGUAGAGGGUGUAUUUGUACAUAGGAGGAACAAUGCAACAGGCUGCUUACAUUUUGUGUUUGGAAAUUCGUUUGAAAGCAAAGAAAUCACGUCAAAUGAAGAUGCAAAAGUUACCACUUGAAGUUUCAACCCGGAUGUGAAAAAGCACGUCAUAUCUGGCUAUAAAUGCAGGACAUGCUGAUGAUUACUUGUUAACUACUAGAAAUUUACGAUAAAAAUAUUUAAACAUGAUUUAUUCUGCAUUGAAAUUAAUUUUAACUAAAAUUAAUUUGAAACACAUACACACAGAAAUGACUUCAUUUUUGUUUUGAUUUUCUUUUUAAUUUUCUGAAAAGAAUGCUACAAGAAUGAUAUUUUAGUGAUUGCACUUAAAAAUUUGACUGCAAAAAAAAAAAAAAAACAAACAAACAAA